CGAUGCUCGUACAGUUGUUCAUGCUGUCAGUACCUCCCAGCACUGUGAUCAAGGUGAUCAGCUAGACAAGAAUAACGAUCGUUUUGGGGGAUUUAUUUAACAAUUUCUGACAUUUGUUAUCAUCCCCAUGUACCGGUACUGCCUGGUAUUGAGCAUCUAGAUAGAAGGAAGAAUGUACUGAACAGUGUUUGGUUGAAGAUGUCAAUGUUUUAAUCCAGGACUCCACGUUAUUUAGGUGAGAACUUUGAACAAACUAAAGCCACGCAUGAUUCAUGAAGCCUGUUCGUGACAAGAAGAAAAGCAUGUCAAACCCACUACGAAGAAAAAAGAGUAAAGGGGAAAAGUGUGUAUCAGAUCCUAAUUUGGUUGAGGUAUGUGAUCUCAAAGAGAAAACAGGCAAGGUAAAAAGAUCCAAGCCUGAAAAUUCGAGCUUUAUCAGAGAAGUGCAUACUCCUUUGGGUGCUCCAUCUGCAAAGAAGCGUCGACAGGAGGGUAGGAGUACUCAAGGUAUCUCAGCCUUGGUCCUGACCCCAGCUGCAGCAACUAAGCAAGAUACCCAGGUGACAGUCAUCAAUACAUCAUUUCAAGAAGAUUCUAGUAAUCUAUCUGGGAGCAGCAGUUCUGUCUUGGAAACAUUGCCAGUAACCAUUCCCCACAUAGAUUCUUCAAAAGCUCCAACAACUUCAGAAGAUUCAUUUGACAGCACAUCAUCAAAGAAUGAGCUGCUGUCAUCAUCAUGGUCUUCAAUAUCCAAUGAUGAAGGAGGAGAUGACUUUUGUGAUGGACUGACUACUCCUCCAGUAGAAUCCUUUCAAGGAGCAAUUAGUAAUCUUGGUGAGGACUACAGAUUAGUGUCUCUCGAGACUGGGUCAUCAUAUCUUCUUCUUUUGCAAAGAGACACCCGAAUACCUGUCAGAGGCCUUGCUCAAAUCUCUUGCCUCUAUGGAGCAGUAAUCAUCCAUGGUUAUACGAUAGAACAACAGACCCCUAACCCAAGAAUUGCAAAUGUCUUCUGUCCUGUCAAUGUCAGUGCAAAGUGUCUUGAGAUUGGCCACUCAGAGAAGAGAGAACUAGAGCAGAGAGAGAAGAAUGCACUGCUAGAAACUAUUUCUGCUCUGCAGCCAUGUUCCAUGACUGCUCAGGAGGUACUUUCUGAGAUGACUGAUAAGUCUACCUUGGUAUUAGUGUCCAAAUUGAAUCAUCAGCCAAGCAGCUUCAUCACAAGUCAUAUGACGUAUAAGAAUAUCUACAGCGGAGGUAGUGCUAAAAAGAUGCUGCAGAAGUCUGAGAUUGCUGUUUGUGAUAAGGUUGGAUUAUUCAUUAAUCCAGGGACAGUCCAUUAUCAGAAUGUGAUUCAGCUUAACCCAGACUAUGACUCUGCAGCUCAGAUAUUGCUUGAGGCUAUACAGAGUGAUAGUAGCAACUCUCCUAGAGUGAUGUUUGUAGGGCCCAAAAAUUCUGGCAAGUCCACAGCUCUACGAUACCUGGCUAACAGACUGCUCUCUGUUUCACAAAAUGUAGGUUACCUUGAAUGUGACCCUGGUCAAUGUGAAUUCACCACACCUGCAAUUUUAUCCCUUCAUAUCAUCAAGGAAGCAUUAUUAGGACCACCAUUCACUCAUGUCCAGAGUGCAGAGAAGGCAUACUUCCUUGGAGAUGUGAAUGUCGAUGAUCAUACUGAGAACUAUGUUAAGAUGAUUACUGCCCUCUACAAGCAAUAUUCUGACCAAUUAUCUCAUCUGCCAUUGUUUGUAAAUACUAUGGGAUGGGUUGAAGGUCUUGGACUGAGACUUCUUGGUGAGGUAGCCCGCAUCACUCAACCUACCCAUAUCGUCUGUCUUGGGUCACCUGAUGAGAGAUUAGUAGCCCUCUUCAACCAGAAUGAAGGAAAGAAUCUAAGUUACUUCAGUGUACCUUCUGUGACAGAUCAACCUCUCCUUCCUCCAAAGCAGUUCUUGAGAAUAGAAGCAAAGUGUCAAACAGACAGCUACCAAGCGUCUUCCCAAAGAGAGCUGAAUCUCCUAGCAGCCUUCAGUAAACUCCUUCCUCCCAAUUUAGAAGGAAAGCGCUUAACGGAUAUACGCCCACAUGUAGUGCCAUGGAGCCAUGUUGUUCUCCAUAUUUGCCAUAUGACUGUACCAGCUAACCAGAUCUUAUAUGCCGCUAAUGCUAGUGUAGUAGCACUGUGCACCACAAGCAAAGAGGAGCUGGAUAGAUGUCAUGUAGAGAAAGGCAGUGAAGGACUAAGAACUCUCAAGUCUACUCCAAUCAGUGAAUGUCUUGGAAUAGGAAUUAUUAGGGGUAUUGACCCUCAGAAGAAAGCAUUCUAUAUUUUGCCAGCCUUGGAGCCUAAUCUUCUACCAAAGGUCAACACUCUACUAGUAGGUUCACCUUUCAUCCCAGAAUGUGUCUUUGAUCAGCAAUUCAGUACUAAGGGAGCACCCUAUUUGAGUGAAAGCUUUGAUACCAAUGUUCCUGGAUCCCUUCCCAUUAAUCCAAAGACUUACCUAAGGAGAGGACCUGGAGGAAAGCCACAGAAGACAUGAUAUAUCAUCUAUUUGUUGAUUAUCAUUUCAUUGAAGGCAUAGGCUAUCAUUACAAAGGCCUUAUGAAAAAAAAAUCUGAAUGUUGAUUGCUCUCGUUAUGGAUGAAAAAAUCAAAUUCUUGGAGACACUUUCAUGAUAUCUUUGUUUGAAAAAAUUAUCAUUUAAUAAAUCUCCUGAGGAGAUUAAUAUAACUCAAUGGGAAUGAAUUAAGAUGGUGUUUCUGGUCACUUUAUAUUUCACUUUUUUGAUGCUCGAAAUGCUGAUUAGGGUUGUUUUUUUUUUUUACGUUUUUGAUUUUAUAACGUUUCAGAGACACGUGUGAUAAUGAGACCUUGCAGCUCAGAUAUCAAAUCAAUGUUACCCUCUGCUGUUAAUUUAUGACUCUUGUAUCGUUUGAAAAGAUGAAUUAGAGUAGUCAAGAUUUAAAAUUAUCAUUUCAUUUUUUAUGCCAUUCCAAUCAUUUGUAAGGUACAUUUCUUAUUAGUCAAGAAAUACUAGAGUCAACAUCUUUCUUGAAGAUGGAUUUUUCUAGGAUAUGAAGUUUUAGUCAAUGAAUUUAUAUGAAAGAUUACUUUAGGAAGCUAAUUUUCAGGCAAAUACCUGAGUUCAUGCCUAUUAAUAUAUUUUGGACCAUUGAAAAGUUUUUUUGUGUAUCAAAUUCCUUUGUUUUAUGUGAUUUUCUGCUGUUCAAUUAAUUUCAAGUGCUUCCCUGCUUCUUUCAACAACAAUAAAAAGGGGAAGCAUUAAAAAGAUUCUUGAAUUAGAAGUGUUACAGGAUAUCAAACAAAUAAGCAGAGGCUUUAAGAGAUCCAGAUCAAACGAUAGAUUAGAGGGGCAGCUUGCCUUUUCAAUUCUUUGUAAAUUCAUAACCUUGUGAUGCAUCUGAAAAAGAUUGAUGUAUUGUGAAAGGUUGCACUGAAGAGAAGGUUAUCUAAACUUCCAUCUUUUUCAUUUCUGCAUUAUACUCUAUUGAAAACAUAUUGUGAAUGUCAAAAUUGUUACAAUUUUGUGAUUAAAAAGCUCCUUCUGAUAUAUGUAAUAUAGCACACAAGUCAGUCUUGCAAGAAAGCAUGAUGUACUGUACACAUGAACAAUAGAAAUAGAAUUGAAAAGUCAUGUAUGAAAUCAUCAUAAACAUACUAUAUUAUUAAAUUGUUUACGAGAUCAGUUCUAGUUUAUAAGUACCAUUUCAAUAUUCUCAUAUUUUAAUAUACAUGGGGUAUUUUAAAGUACUGAUAGUGAAAAAUAUUUGAAAAUAUUUUUGAUUUUUUUUUUAAAUUUAACUUUAAACUUUCAAGAUAUUUGAAAACUAUAUCAUUUAUUUUAACUUUCAGCUGUCACAGCAGCAGUUUCUAUUUGCUUGUUCGAUUUUAGAAAGAACCAAUUUGGUUACUUAUUAAAUAUUGUAAACAGAUAAGUUAUGAUAUUUAAACAAAAGUUAAUAAAAAUCUUACCCCAGUUCUUUUAUUUAGCUCAAGAUUUAGGCUGGCCAGAAGAUAAUUAGGCCGGCGCAAAUCAACCCAAUAAAAGUGCAGCUUUGCAAAGAGACAUGCAUGCAUGGUCCUGUAUUUUUGCAAAAAAAAUGCAAAAUGCUUCUGUGAAUUUUAGCCAUCUUGAAGGCUGGAAUGGUAGUGUAAAUGUUUCAAAUUGAAACACAGGUAAAUUAGUGUAAUUUGGUCUUUUAUAAGUUGAAUAUAUGCCAAACAAAUUUUAGACCAGGGGCCUGUUUCAUAAAGACAAAUUGUCAUUAUUGUAACUUCAAUGUAAAUCUUGUGAUUGGCUAGUGAGUUUUGUUACUAUAGAAAAUGUCAUUAUAACUCUAUAUGAAAAGGGCCCCUGAUUAUGUAAAACAUGUUUUAUACAUCUCUUAUAGCUUGAACAGAUUUCUGUGAUCCCAAAGGCUUUGACCUAGAUAAAGUAAUCUCUAUUUUUUUCACAUAGUGAAAACCUGAAUCAAUGUAUAAAAAAUUGUAUUUAAUGAUAGCCUUGAUUGAUUUCAUUUCAUGAAAAAGUUGUUUAAAAUUUCGUCUCCUUAUAAUACAUUCUCAAAGCUCUGUUAUCUUACAUAUUUCAUUCAAGUUUAUAUCAGUUUUAGGGUUAUGGGGUUCUCGUAAAAUCAAUCUUUUGCCUAUCUUAUCUUCACUUGAAUUUUUAUUUGUUUUAAUGUUAAAUUAUGUCCUUUUCAGUCUGAUCAACGAAGCUAUCAAAAUUUGUAUUAUCAAACAUUUCUUGCAGUUAUUAGCCACUGAAUUGUUUUGAUUUGAUUUUAUGGAGAAUUUCUGACCUGGGUCCCGUCUUACAAAGAGUUACAAUUGAUGCCAUCAACCUCAACUAUAUGGAAAUCCAUCAGCGUCAGAAUUUUUUCUUGAGGAAAUUUUAAGAAUGUCCUUUGUAAGAUAAGCACACUGAAUUUUCAAGGAAACAACGAUUGUAUGAAUACACAUCAUAUCUAGAAAAUAUUUUGAACAUAUGGCAUUUCUUUCGAAAGCAUAGUGGGAUUGUUAACAUUUUUCAUGGGUUGUUUGUAUGUGCAUGAAGACAGGGGGAGCUCAUAUAUUUUGUUACAUACCAUUAGUAUCAGUAUUCCAUCUGAACACUUUAUAAACUACAUAUGUGUACUUGGUAAGUUCUUUUUAAUCUCUUAAAGAAGUUGUGAUUUACCUUGAAAAAUUAUUUUAUGAUGAAAUAGUUUAAAAGAUAACAUUUGUGUAAAUUGAUUUGUUAAAGUUUUGCUGUUGAACAGCCUAUCAUUCUCCUAUUAAAAUUCUAU